AUGAAAGGUGUGAGCAGAUUUGGUCAGGUAAGCAAGCUUAGUCCAAGGUAUGUUGGACCAUUUGAGAUUUUGGAAAGAAUUGGAAAAGCUGCUUACAAGUUAUUACUUUCUGAAUCUAUGCCUGAUGUGCAUAAUGUGUUUCAUGUAUCCACUCUGAGGAAGUGGGUAUCCGACUCUGGGAAGAAGAUAUCUACUAACGAGGUUGAGAUUCAGGAGAAUCUGGCGUACAAGGAAGAGCCAGAGUUGAUUUUGGCGUACGACGUCCGGAAGUUAAGAAAUAAAGAGAUUCUGAUGGUUAAAGUCCCGUGGAAGCACCGGACUGCACGAGAAGCAACUUGGAUGAUCCCAAGUAUUGCCCGUACCACAGGAUGCUUAGUCACCCUCUUGAGGACUGCGUUGUGUUCAAAGAUUGUCUUGAGAGGAACUACACCCAAG